AUGAUUGGAUCUCCAGUAACCUGGGCGCAAGCUGCACAGGGAGUGGUCGUUGAAUUCACUGUAGACCCAAUCGCCAUCGCUCGCUACGUGAGUUUUGAUAUUACAACCGAUGAGGGCGCGACAACAGACUUAGCGCUUGCCGAGGUCAUGGUUGAAGAAAUCACUGAAAGUGGAAGUGGAGACACCUUUUUAGCUGGCAAGUACGUAGUUGCUGUUAUCGCAACGCUCCUCCCGACGGCGGAGAAGGAUUACGUUACCCUCCUCCCUACGGCGGAGGAGGGUAACGAUUAUCGCAGGCAAGGGUAUCAUCCACGUAGUGGACUGGAGCCUUGCUCGAACAGAACCUUCCCAACUUGUUAUAAAGCAAUUAUGCCUCGCUCAGAAAGGCACACGUGUCUGGACCGGGAUUCGAACCCACACUCUGCUGCUGACAACACCAGAUCUCUUCCUUUGUCCGGUAAUCCAAGUCGUCAAAGUUCAACUUAUAGUCAAAACAAUCAAAUGAGACCUGCCUCGGAAGCUCUGGAUGGAGAUUGGUCAGGUUUGACCUUCAGCCGUACAGGUUAUGAACUGAACCCUUGGUGGAAGGUGGAUCUUGUGGCGGAAUAUUGUCUUGGCAAAAUCAGAGUUAUGAACAGAAAACACAAUCGAGAACUUGUUGAGUUACGAUUAGUGGGAGCUGUUGUAAGAGCUGGUCUGAGUGACGUUGUCAUUGAUAAUCCAGCGUGUGGUAGUCCAGUAACCGGACAACAAGCCAGAUCAGAUGCCUGGAUUGAUUUCAUGUGUGAUCCACCCAGAUUCUCGCGGUAUGUCAGUGUCGACAUUCCCGAUACCGAAACCCUGACAUUGGCUGAGGUACGAGUACUUCCCUCCGAAGUAUCCACGUGUAUGGGAAUAGAUUUUACACUUGUGACUAACAUUCCUCUGAUUGGUCAGACUGAAGACAAUGAAGCAGCCAUUACAGCAUACAAAGGAUGCAGUGACUUGACGGCUAGUGCUUCAUUUGGCAGACAAUUGAUAACAGGAGGAACUAAUACUGGACUUCCUGCAGGAUCCAGUCAAGUAGAUGAUCCUAAACUGGGCCGAGCAGCAAGGUCUCUGACAUUACCCCAGGCUGGUGGGAUAGACAGGGUCGGUGUCUUCUACUCAGAGGUGUCUAAAGGUGGAAGGAGCACCACCAGGAUACAGACUAUACUGUUACCUAAUAACGACGGCGAUGUUUAUAUUCUUCCUGAGCAGCGAACACUGACAGUAAAUAUAGGCGAGUUGGUCACAUUAACAAUGGUAUCAUAUAACGCACAGACCAAUGUAAACGUCAGAUGGAAGCAUCAUGGAGAUACAAUAGAUAGAUGGAACAAUCAGCUCACUGUGUCUAUUCCAAGUGUUGUCCAAUCAGAUGAAGGGAUAUAUAGCUGCUUCGUGGACGGCCAAGAAGAUCAACAACGUCACGGCAUAAUGAGACUCAUAGUGCGAGCUUGCCCAUCAGGAAUGUGGGGUCCGAUGUGCUUGGGUGCAUGUCGUCGAUGCUACAAUGGAGGAAUAUGUGGUGAUCGGACAGGAACCUGUAUCUGUGCUCCGGGUUUCAGCGGAGAUAACUGCGAAAAAGUUCAUGGUCGUCAUGUGUUUGGUAAGGACGCUCAAUACGGCUGUUCUGAUAGUCAUGAUCCACACCACAACGCCUGCCAGGGUCAUUUAUUCUGUCUUCCUGAUCCUUAUGGAUGCUCGUGUGCUGCUGGCUACAUGGGACUGGACUGUAUGCAAGAAUGCGAAGAUGGGAAGUAUGGUGCAGACUGUAAGCAAACGUGCCAUUGUCAAGACCAAGGGGCGUGUCUGAAGGAUACCGGAGAGUGCAACAACGGAGGAGGUGGAGGGUGUGCAUCCACAACAUAUUUUGGGAGCAACUGCCAAUGUUCAAAUGAGAACCCAGUGCUUGGUCUUGGAGUCAUUUCACAUGGUCCUCAAAGUUUGACAAUUACAUGGGAGCAUGAUCCGUGUGUUUCAAGGUACUCACUGACGUAUGAAUUGACCAACAGAGGUCAAUGCGGUGAGAUUACAUCUCCAGUAAAGACAUCAGCUUCAGACCCCUCCAGUGGGCAAACAUCUCAGUAUUUGUCCAAUCUCGAGUCACUUUCUACGUACAUGGUUUAUAUCGCACCUAUAUAUUAUAACAACAUAAUCGGUCCCGAGUCCUCAGCAUCUGCAAUUACUCUGGAUGUUACAGACCCAGACCCCGUGACCCUAACUGUGACGACUGUGAGUCCAUCGCAGAUUCUUGUUGCAUGGGAACCAAUAUGUGGAGCUAUUGACUACAAAGUGGAAUACGUACUGAAAACCUUAGACAACUGUGAAUCGUAUGAAAUAACACCAUCAUCAGUGUACACCACCCCGCCAGAUUGCCCCUGCACAUCAACAUCAGUUUCUAUAUUAGGUCUUCAUGCUUACUCUACUUACAUCGUAAGAGUUCAAGUUCAAGUAGUUGGCAGCUCUUCGUAUGGACGAGAAGAAACGGUGGAAGUUACCACUGAUAUGUCAGAGCCAACUGCUGCUCCAACUGAUUUGAUGAGUUUUUCUGACACCAGCACCAGUCUGAGUUUCUCUUGGAGCGAGCCACCAUGUGGAGAUCGAGGUGGUAUCAUCACUGGGUACACAUAUAAGCUGACUCAAGUAGGCUCAAUGAUGCCUGACAAUGUAGAAGGCCUGACCGAUAGCUCAAACAGAAUGGUGAUGAUUAGUGGUUUAAUACCAUACACUGAUUACAGCUUCCAAGUUGCAGCCAACACCAGUCAGGGUAUGGGGCCGCUUAGCAGCAGUCUUAAUACAAGAACGACAGAAGGAGUUCCUCCAGCACCGAUGGAUUUCAAAGUCAAGAGCGCUGAUGAGAGUUCGAUAACAGUUGAGUGGAAAAAACCAGAUCCUCCACAUGGAAUCAUACUCAACUAUGAUAUCUCUUACUGGCCAUCCAUGGAAGAUGAAACACCAGCAACCAUAAGGAGAGACAUUGGUGUGACGUCAUUGAGCUAUCGCAUAGAGGGCCUCAUGACAAAUGUAAAUUACUUCAUCAAGGUUCGUGCCAAGACGUCUGUCGGUAACGGUGUUUGGAGUGCUGCCGUUAAUGGCACAGCACAAAUUGGCGUUCCUGGUCCAGUCAAGAAUCUUCGGUCGACGGAUCAAACUGAGAUGUCAGUUACCUUGCAAUGGGAUCCACCGAUGAACCCAAAUGGGCAAAUCAUGAACUACAUCGUGGAGUACAGAGCUGUGGAGAAACGUCACCAGGUGGACUUUACUGCAGAUACUGCGUACAUGAUGAAGGAACUAGGAAAUGAGUUACAGGCUACAAUAACCAAUCUCGAACCAACAACUGGAUAUGAGUUGAAGAUUUCAGCACAAAACCAAAUGUUCACCAGCGAUGCAGCGGUACUCGAAGUAUUUACUAAACCACUGGAAAACCCUCCUUCACCCCCGGUACCAAUCUCAAAUCCAAGCGACGCCACAGAUACUACGGUCACUAUCAAUCUCAGCCGCUUCCCUGAUGACGUAUACAUCACAUCCUACGUCAUUCAUGUAAAGAAGACUAAAUCCAAGAGGAAGAGAGAAGCUCUCGAUCCCAUCCACUCUAAGGACUCUCAGGACGACUACAUUGCAGCUGAACUAUCCAAAGAGAUGGUUCAAGACUCUUUUGUAGUUGGAGAUGAUAGAAUGUAUGGAGGCUACCUCAAUGCACCAUUAGACAAAGGAGCAACAUACGACAUUCGUGUUGGAGCGGUUAGCCGUGGAAACGGAACGUAUGCUACAGUCACCUACUCACAACCAGUCGCUGUACAAGCUCUCUCUUCAGCGCCAACUGCAAACCCAUUGAUUGCUCCAGUUAUCAUCUUAGGUCUUAUAGUCUUAAUUGUUGUUCCAAUUUUAAUCCUAAAAUGGAGGAGAAAAGACCGCAACAUUCUUCUGUCUGCCUCUAGUGGACCCAAUGAAGGACUGGAUUUGGAUCGCACUGUCACAAGAAACCAAUCAUCAACCGCUGUACAUUUAAAUGACGAUAAAGACAUCUAUGAGGACGUCGGUCUUCCACUCUGGGCAGGCGACUGGGAAAUUCAAUGGGAUCAUUUGAUUGUUGAAGAUACCAUACUCGGGAAAGGAAACUUUGGAGAAGUACGUCUUGGUGGAAUUAAGAAGAAAAGACAAGUCUUAAAAGCAGCCAUCAAAAUCCUCAAAGGUGGAUCCCCAAAGACCGCUGCUGAUGAUUUCUUGAAGGAGUUUCAGACAAUGACUUCAAUCACAACACAUCCAAAUGUUGUUGGCCUCUUGGGGGCGUCCUUUCAUGAUGGAAUUUUGUACGUUGCAUUGGAGUUUGUUCCAGGCGAUAACCUUCGUAACUAUCUGCGUAAAAAUCGCCCAAUUCAGCUACAACGGGAGCAGUCUAAAUACAAAGCUUCUCCUGUUACUAUGACACAAUUGAUGAAGUUUGGUGAAGACAUUGCUAAAGGAAUGCAACAUCUCUCGGACGCAGGAAUAAUUCACCGUGAUUUGGCUGCAAGAAACAUACUUCUUGGGGAAGAGUUGGUCGCCAAGGUUUCUGAUUUCGGACUUUCUAGAGGAGAGGACGUCUAUGUUCAGGAAUCUAAGACCCGGAUUCCUGUUCGCUGGUUGGCCAUUGAAUCCCUGACGCAUCGACGUUAUGUCUCUAAAAGUGACGUAUGGUCCUAUGGAAUCCUACUAUGGGAGAUUGUGACAUUCGGUGGAACGCCCUACCCUGGUAUCCAAACCAAAAACCUGGCUGAUCAUUUACUGGAUGGAUACCGGAUGCCUCAACCUGAAAACUGCCCGGAAGAUAUUUAUGCGUUGAUGUUAAAGUGCUGGAGGAAAGACUCAAACAAGCGCCCGAGCUUCAGAGAGAUCACUGAAGUGCUGAACAAAACAGGAAAUGUUCCAGUUGAUAAAGCACACGCGUUGUCAGCAGUCUAUGAGAAUUUCAGCGUCAUCAAGCCAGAGUUCGAUGACAAUUAGAUGUCUGGUGGUUUCCGGUAGUCAAGAGAUACGAUGUAAACCAGCAUUAACGUUAUGCCUCUGGUGGUUACUAUAGUUAGUGAUUUUAUGUAAACCAACAUUAACAUAGAUGCCUGUUACUAGUUAGUUAGUUAGUUAGUUGAUGGAAACCCACAUAAGACGUGGGUGGUUAGGGGCUUAUACACUCGUACUAAUUUUAUGAUAUUUGAUGUAAACCGACAUUAACUAUAGAUGCCUGGUGGUGACAAGUUAUGUAAACCGACAUUAAAUAUGAGAUGCCUAACGGGUUACUAGUAAAUAAUUCGAUAAUAAUAAUAAUUAACCAAUCCUAUGUAGCGCAUAACACACGUAAUUUAACGUGUCCCUAUAUGCACUCUCGAGAAAAACAAAACAGAAUACAAAAUACAAGAUGUACUGGGAAACAAACAAAAAUGGAUGAAUUAAAUAUUAAAUAAGUGCGUCUUUAAAGCAAUCUCAAACUUAAACCGCUAAUUACCGAACAAAAAAUCAGGCCCCAACCUAAAGGUUUAGAAAAACAACAAACACUUCUGCCGUUGACGGCACGAUAC